AUGCAGAGUUGGUACAAAAGGCCUGAGAGCCUGUCUUUGGUGCCACAGAACACAACUCCCGCAACUUCGGCUCAAAAUCUUUCCCCAGAGCGUGGAAUUCCCAAUUUUGACGCCGUUGAACGACGCCUGGCUGUUGCCGAGAUUCUGAGUUUCCGGCACUUCAGGCCCAGGCUUGCACUACGGGCCAGGGGAAUGACCAUUGGAAUCGAUCUUCUCCGGAAAGACAAGGGCGGCAACCCUGAGGAAGUGAAAGAGUCAGAGAAGAGACGUUUCAGAGAUCCAAAGCUCAUUGACAAAGUGCUGGAGCUGGAUUCACAAUGGGUGAAGCAGAAGUUCCAGUUGGAUGAAAAACGCAAGGAGGUGAACAAGGUGCAAAGUCAGAUCACUGAAAAGAAGAAAGCCUCCAAAGGGCAAGACAAGUGUGAAGAUCUGUUGACGCAAAAGACUGCGCUGGAGGGCGAAGCUGCAAAUAUCGAGCAGAUCUGCGACGAGAUGAUGGGUCAACGGGAUAAGCUCUUGGGCUCCAUCGGCAAUAUUGUUCAUGACAGUGUGCCUGUCUCACAAGACGAGGAAAAGGACAACAAGGUAGUUGCGACCUGGGGAAUUCCCCGCAGCUUUGAGGGCAAGACAUACCAGGCCAACGGUUUCAGACCGCACUUCGAGCUGCUGGAGAUGAUCGGAGCAGUGGAGUUUGAAGCCGGCAACGAGGUGGCGGGCCAUCGCGGCUACUUCCUGACUGGUCCUGGAGUUCUUUUGAACCAAGCGCUGAUCAACUAUGGUCUUGCUUUCCUUUCGCAACGUGGCUACACUCCGUUGCAGCCACCAUUCUUCAUGAAGAAGGACCUGAUGGCAAAGACUGCUGAGUUGGAAGACUACGAUGAUGUGCUUUACAAGGUCGUCGAAGACAAGGAUCAUCCUGAACUGGACAAGUACCUCAUCGCAACGUCGGAGCAGCCAAUCUCAGCUUUCCAUCGGGGACAGAACAUUGACAAGACUCGCUUCCCCCUGCGCUACGUGGGCCUGUCUUCGUGCUUCCGACGGGAGGCAGGUAGCAGUGGUCGCGAUAUUCGUGGCAUCUUCCGAGUACAUCAAUUCGAGAAGAUUGAGCAGUUUGUUCUCAGUGACCCAGAGAAGUCAUGGGAUGAGCAUGAGUCCAUGAUUGCCAUGGCUCAGGAGUUCUACCAGAGCUUGGGCAUCCCAUACAGAACGGUGGCCAUUGUCUCGGGCGAACUGAACAACGCUGCAGCCAAGAAGUAUGACUUGGAAGGAUGGUUUCCUGGUGAUGCUGAGGGCAAAGGCAAGUACAGAGAGUUGGUGUCGUGCUCAAACUGUACAGACUAUCAGGCACGCGCGAUGCAAACGAAGUUUGGCUUCAGACCAGAGGAUCCGUUUUGCCACAUGCUGAAUAGCACUCUUUGCGCAACCGAGCGAGCUAUGUGCUGCGUGGUCGAGAAUUAUCAAGAAGAGGAUGGCGUCAGGGUGCCACGUGCGUUGGUGCCAUUCCUCCUGGGACAGGAGUUCUUCCCCUUUGUGAAGACGUUGAAGGAAGAACGACCAGCAGCCAAAAGCAAGGCAAAGAGCAAAAAAUAAAAUAUAGAUAGAAUCAUCCG